AUGCACCUCAUCAAAAGCCUACUGUUAGUGGCUUACUGCUUUUCAAUUCCAACACAAGCCUCUGUGUCUACUAUCAAUGGGCAGCGGGUACCAGACAGGUGGCACCAGAUCAAUCUCGACGGGAAAGUGACUACCAAAAGCACUGAGCUUAGUACACGGGACUUUGAUAUCAGUCUUGAGACGCGAACUGAUAUUACUGUUUGCGUCAGUGAUCUUGACGCUACCGCUACUUGUGCUAAACUUGGCUCUUUUUUGGUUGCCCUCGUAGCUGUUGUGUCCAGUUAUAUCUAUUACGCCUCUGGACGGAACUGCGAUACUACAGCGCAAAAGGCUACAAUUGAGGGCGCUCUUAAGAAAUACCUCAAGGAAAUCGAUGAUGAGGAACUCUGUGGUACUGAGUGUCUCCGUAUGCAUCAUGGAGGCACUUGGGAUGGAUGGUUGAAGAUAGGCCCGAAAGCGUCAUUCGACGAGGACGCAUACUGUGGUCCAAAACUGAGCUUUAGCAGUUGCAUCUCGGGUGGUGAUGCUGAUGUCUGA